GCAGCCCUGUUUUCUGCACCGGCGCGAUGACUUUUACGUUUUGGUACUGAACUUUGCCGUCGUGUCGCUUCACGGUUUUCGUUAUUCGGGCUUGCGUGGAAAUUAGUAUAUAAAUAUUUUAAAAAAAGGGCUCAAGCAACAAAUUGAACAAUGGGCCUGCUCAAAGCGUUGCGUGUGCGAAUCAUGAAUUUCAUGAUAUUCUAUCUAAUUGUUAUUCUGUUGCCCGGUUUGCCACCGCGCACCACUUUCCCCUACAAGGAAUUCACUGUUACUCCGCCCAAGGAGCUGAAGGGUGCACUCGAGUCGAAUUUCCAUUUGGAAGGUGCCGAGCGUUUGCUGGGAAACCGCAUACUUGGCCCCGAAUGUCUGCUGGUGCGCAAUAACGAGAUCUAUACGGGCAUCCAUGGCGGUGAGAUCAUCAAGAUUAACUCAAACCACAUAACGCAUGUGGCCAAGUUCGGCCAGCCCUGCACGGAAAAAUUUGAAGAGGCGCAAUGUGGUCGUCCUUUGGGCAUGGCUUUCGAUACGCUGGGCAACAAUUUGAUUGUGGCCGAUGCCUACUACGGCCUCUGGCAGGUUGACCUCACAUCGCACAAGAACAAACUGUUGAUCUCCCCCGCUCAGGAGUUGCCGGGCAAGACUAUUGCACGACCCGCAAAAACCUUUAAUUCCGUUGCCGUUAGCAAACAGGGCGACAUUUAUUGGACAGAUUCGUCGUCAGACUUUGGCAUUCAAGACUUGAUCUUUGCCUCGUUUGCUAACCCAUCCGGACGUUUGUUCAAAUACGAUCGCGUUAAGAAUGUGAGCGAAGUGUUGCUGGACGAGUUGUUCUUUGCCAAUGGACUGGUGCUGAAUCCAACGGAGGAAUUCAUUGUGGUGGCAGAGACGGGCUCGAUGCGUCUGACCAAAUAUCACUUGAAGGGACCCAAGGCUGGCCAGAGCGAAGUCUUUGUCGAUGGCCUGCCCGGUCUGCCCGACAAUUUGACGCCCGAUGCCGAUGGCAUUUGGGUGCCAAUGGUGUCCAGCGCCGAUAGCGAGCAUCCGAGCACAUUUUCGCUCUUCUCGCGCUUCCCCAGCAUUCGGCUGUUCCUCGCCCGCAUGCUGGCGCUCUUCGAGCUGCCGAUUAUCUUCAUUAACAGCUUGUAUCCCAAUAGGUUUGCGCAGCGAUUCGUUCAUUUUGUCGGACAUGGCGAGAUGGCCUUGCUGCUGGCACCCAAACGGGCCACUGUAGUGCGUGUGGACUGGAAUGGCAAUAUUGUGGGCUCACUGCACGGCUUUGACAAGUCCGUGUCGGGCAUCUCGCAUGUGCUCGAAUUCCAGGAUCAUUUGUAUUUGGGCUCGCCCUUCAAUCCCUAUUUGGCACGCGUCAAGCUGCCCAAGGCGGCGAAACAGCCCACCGUCAAGGUGCGCAAUGUGCGCGUCGAGGGCGACGGCCUGGAGGCCUCUGUGGGUGUACCACCAACUACGGGCAAGCCAAAGGCAGCACCAACUACGACGACAACAACAACAACUACCACUACAACAACGCCAAAGCCACAGACAACCAAGAAACCAGCGACAACAACAACAACGACUACAGCCAAGCCAACAACAAGAACAACGACGACGUCGACGACGACAACAACAACAACAACAACGCCCAAGCCGGCAACAGAAAAGAAAACAACAGCAAAGCCAGCAACAACAACAACAACGGCUAAGCCGGCAACAACAACCACAAAGCGCACAGUGCCAACAAAGCCGGCGCCAGUUGAGGAAGAGAUUCGCGUGGACACGAAGCCGCCACAGCAGGAGAAGCUCAAGGUGAUCAACAAGCAGGGCGAUCACGUUGAGCUCUAAAAACACGGUUGUCAUCAAUUUCGGAUAUUUUGAUUAGGCAAUGUUUCUAGCGUGUCCACUUUAAAGAUUUAUACAUAAUUGUAUAGUUUGUUUUGAGACUAGUUAGCUAAAUUGUAGUUAGCAGCAAGUCCUCAUUUCAAAAGCAAAACAGAAAAACAAAUGGUUAUUGGUAUUGGGCACCUAUUUAUAUGAAUGCAUAUAUAAUUGAGUUUUGCUUACUGUCAACAAUAUCCGAUAAAACACACACAUUACGAAACAUUCCCGAUUCCAUUCCAUUGCAUUAUUUAACAAAUGACAAUGCUCAAAAUUGUUGUACAAUUAAUGGACACUUGAAUGCCGUAAUUUCAAACACUCACUUAUACUAUUGUACUGAUUUUUUCCAAUAUGUGUAUUUCGUGAACUAUAAGUAAAGUGUUUUCUAAAAACCAUA